CCAGACUUCAGUCCGUUCCGUAGCGUCAACGCUGAAAAAUAAUAUUGUUUGCAAGCAUAUCGUCGUUUUUACGUGGAAAACAAAAAUGGCUUCAUCGAGCAAAUAUUGGGAGCCAUAUAAUUUCAGUGCCGAAGUAUUGAAGGAACAGAGGCGUCAAGAUAAAUCAUUAAACAAUCGUUGCAGCUAUGAUGAUACCGUGGAAUUUGUGUGGAUGUACUAUGACAUUGCUAAGAGACCUGGACAAGAGAGAGUAAAAAUGGGUCCAUCAAACAAAACUGAAAUGGGUGCCGCAGAAUUGGAGGCACUGAAGCGUCAACUCAAAUGUAUAAACAAGCGUUGCACUUAUGGUAAAACUCUGUACACUGCGAUGGAAAAGGUGUGUGAAUUCUAUGAUGUUGAUUAUGAACCUGGGAAAGAGGUUUGCUCGGCAUGUUUAAAAAAAUAUUUUAAUCAAUAUAAAUUUCCCGAAAUGGAUUUGAAGGAGGGACAGGAGAAGAAAAACCCAGCAAGCAACUUCAAAGAAAAAAUACAAAAAUCUUAAAAACAAUUUUAUGUUCAUAAAAAUAAUACCCAUCGUAUUAAAUAAUACAUUUUUUUUUUUUUUUAAUUAGUGUUUAACCUUUCUAGAAAUUCAUUAUAUUAGAGAAGUCUAAAAAUGUAAAAUAUGUUUUGAAUAAUAAUUAUUAAUUAUUAAAAUGAUUAAUAUAAAUAUUUAAUAAACAAUUUGAACAAAGACCGGUA